CUACUGGUGACCGUUGACACCUACAAGCGCCAUGCCUGAGCAAAGCAACGAUUACCGCGUGGCCGUGUUUGGGGCAGGUGGUGUCGGCAAGAGCUCGCUGGUCCUGAGGUUUGUGAAAGGAACGUUCCGGGAGAGCUACAUCCCCACUGUGGAAGACACCUACCGGCAGGUGAUCAGCUGCGACAAGAGCAUCUGCACGCUGCAGAUCACCGACACCACUGGGAGCCACCAGUUCCCUGCCAUGCAGCGCCUGUCCAUCUCCAAAGGGCACGCCUUCAUCCUGGUCUACUCCAUCACCAGCCGGCAGUCCCUGGAGGAGCUGAAGCCCAUCUAUGAACAGAUCUGCGAGAUCAAAGGGGAUGUGGAGAGCAUCCCCAUCAUGCUGGUGGGCAACAAGUGCGAUGAGAGCCCCAACCGCGAGGUGCAGAGCAGCGAGGCGGAAGCCCUGGCCCGCACGUGGAAGUGCGCCUUCAUGGAGACCUCGGCUAAGCUCAACCACAACGUGAAGGAGCUCUUCCAGGAGCUGCUCAACCUGGAGAAGCGCAGGACCGUGAGCCUUCAGAUCGACGGCAAAAAGAGCAAGCAGCAGAAACGGAAAGAGAAGCUCAAGGGCAAGUGUGUGGUCAUGUGAAUGUGCUGCCCCAGGAGGA